UCCCGUCUUGGUUGCAGACGCUCACAUAGAGUACUAACUCAAGUACUUUAAGGUGCAUUCGGUGCAGGGACGCUUGGAGCGACGAACAUGGCACAGCCUGGACAGAAAGUAGUUUUGAUAACCGGUUGCUCCUCCGGGAUAGGUUUGCGGAUCGCAGUGCUCCUCGCUAAGGAUCCGCAGCAACGGUACCACGUCAUCGCCACCAUGCGUGACCUGAAGCGGAAGGACAAGUUGGUGGAGGCGGCGGGCGACGCGUACGGGAAGACCCUGAGCCUGCUCACGCUGGACGUGUGCACCGACGAGUCCGUCAAGCAGUGCAUCAACAACGUCAAGGACCGCCACAUAGACGUCCUCAUCAAUAAUGCUGGCAUAGGACUGGUGGGUCCGAUAGAGGCGAUCCCUAUGGACGAGAUGAAGAAGGUGUUUGAGACGAACUUCUUUGGGGUCAUACGCAUGAUCAAGGAGGUCAUGCCCGACAUGAAGAGGAGGAAAGGGGGACACAUCAUCGUGGUCAGCAGCGUCAUGGGCCUGCAAGGUGUGGUGUUUAACGAUGUGUACGCUGCCUCCAAAUUUGCCAUGGAGGGUUUCUGUGAAUGCUUGGCGGUGCAGCUUCUCAAAUUUAACGUGACCCUGUCCAUGAUCGAGCCCGGUCCUGUCCACACGGAGUUCGAGAUGAAGAUGAUCCAGGACGUGUCCAAGAAGGAGUUUCCCGGCGCUGACCCGGACACCGUCAACUACUUCAAGAACGUCUACCUCCCCUCCUCCGUCGACAUCUUCGAAGCCCUCGGGCAGACGCCGGACGACAUUGCCAUGUGCACCAAGAAGGUGAUCGAGGCGAGCAGCCCGCGCUUCCGUAACCUGACCAACCCGCUCUACACGCCCAUCGUGGCCAUGAAGUACGCCGACGAGACGGGCGGCCUGUCCGUCAAGGCUUUCUACCACAUGCUCUUCAACAUGGGCGGCAUCAUGCACGUCAGCAUGACCGCUAUGAAGUACCUGACCUGCGGCUGCCUGCGGAGCCGCACUGUCUCUCCACACUGA